UUAAUUGAUAAUGUCUCACUCAAGUUCAAGGUGCCUUUGUGUCCACAUGUGCUGGGAAAAUAGAGGGUUGCAAGUUGAUGUGAAGUGCUCCAUUUCUUUCAGGUGUAAGAAAAAUUGCAUCUUGCAUAGCAAAUAGUGCAGGUGCUGGCAACUGAGACACUCGUUGAAAAAUGGCUUGGACACAAAAACAAAUUCUUCUCGCCGUAUUGCUUGUCUUCACUGGCUCUAUUAAUACGUUGUCAACCAAAUGGGCAGAUGAAAUGACAGCCGUAAACAGCGAAGGUGAAGAUGUUCCUUUUAAUCAUCCGUACUUCCAAACUGAGGGCAUGUUUAUAGGAGAAAUGUUAUGUAUGUUGACUUUCUACAUUAUGGUUUGCUAUGCACGAAGGCAGCGGCAAGGACAAGUAGAAAUGACACCUUCUAAUGACCAAAAUCCUCGGUUUCCAAAGAAAAUAUUUUUUGUGCCAGCUAUGUGUGAUACAUUAGCUACAUCUACCAUGUAUUUGGGACUCACACUUACAUAUGCCAGUUCAUUUCAAAUGUUAAGAGGUGCAGUUAUUGUGUUCACCGGGCUUUUAUCAGUAGCCUUCUUGGGACGUAAAUUGAGAUACUAUCAGUGGAUUGGAAUUUGUGUUGUUAUUGUUGGUCUGGUGAUUGUGGGAAUCUCAGACUUUGUGGGAGGUAGCGAUACUGAGGGUUAUACCCUUAAUGGUAUUAUUACUGGGGACCUGCUGAUCAUCGCUGCUCAGGUUAUAACAGCCACACAGAUGGUAGUAGAGGAAAAGUUUGUGACAAAGCACAAUGUCCCUCCAUUGUUGGCUGUAGGCUGGGAAGGUGUCUUCGGCUUCAUUGUCAUGACUAUCCUGCUGGUGCCUUUUAACUGGAUUCCGGCUGGUAUAUUCAGCUCCAAUCCUCGCGGUGUGCUGGAGGACAUUCCUGAUGCAUUCAUUCAGUUGAAGAACAAUCCUGCUCUGAUUGGACCAAUAAUAGGUAAUAUUAUCAGUAUAGCCUUCUUUAACUUCGCUGGUGUCAGUGUCACCAAGGAACUGUCUGCUACCACCCGUAUGGUGCUCGACUCGGUACGCACACUGGUCAUAUGGGUGGUCUCUCUCAUUGUUAAAUGGCAAAAGUUCCAGUACCUCCAGCCAAUUGGUUUUGCUGUGCUAGUUAUUGGCAUGAUGCUGUACAAUGAUGUUGUAAUAUUACCAUUCCUGAGGAGCAGAGGAUGUAUCAGAGAUGACUUACCUGAAGAUACUGAGCCAGUUAUUGCAUCAAGUUCAUCAGGAAG